CCCCUUACGACUUUCGCUGUAUCAUUGUAUUAUCACCUCAUCCUGACAACUUGGAAAAAGGAGAAAAGGAGAAAAGAACCGAAAAACAACUUGCAUUGUAUGUUGCGGAAUUGGUUGGUUAUCUCAUGCCGAAAUCUGGGCGUUUGCAGCCUGCUUUCUCUGUCCCAUUCCAUUUUCGAAUGUAUGUUCUUUUUUUUUACUUGUCUUGCACGAGCCUGCAGGUUUUAUUACCCUUAUUCAAUACUAGUUUCCUUCUUCCAAGCCAGUGUACUGAAAUUGUGAAUGGGUUUUGAGGGGGUCUGGCUUCAUGCUCUUAUUCACUCCUUUUCCUUUUUUUUU